AUGUGGGCUUGGCUUUCGGCACUUAAACACACACAACACAAAGGUAAAAAUCCCAGAAAAUGUCGAGCAACUCAGAAAGCCCCGUGGGCUGACGGGUUUCUACAAGAAGAUGAAGCGAUUGAGACUGUUGGAGCCGUGGGUCGGGAUUCUAGAGCUGACGAUUUGUGUCAUUUUGGAGUUUUUUGUUUGGAUUACGGAAGCGUAGCGAACGGGUCACAGGCUUCCAAACGAGAGGUUCUGUGGCUCCAAUUCGACGGCGGGGGCUGUAAUAGUAGAAAGAUUGAUUUUUUACGGAGGCUACCGGUGGGUCUGACGUGUUGGACGUAG